UACCUCAAGAGGCUUGUUGAUGCCGACAUUUUCCCGCGCGGGAGGGCGCAGCUCCGUAAAGAUAAAUACCUGUUUGUCGCCGGGCGGUGCGGUCUCGUUGGCUCGGUCGGUCAGUCUGAAGUCAGUGAGUGGUGAGGGAAAGGGAUGCCGAAGCGCUCUUGCCCGUUCGGGGAUUCGGCCCCGGUGCAGCUGAAGACCCGCGUGAGGCUGAGGGAGCUGAGCCAGGGCGUCAUGGGCGAGCGGUACCGGCGCGAGAUCUUCGAGAAGACAAAACAGCUGCUCUUCAGAGGUGCCCAGGCCUAUAUGGAUAGCACAUGUAAUAUGUGCAGUGAGAACACAGCAGGAGCAUGUCUAAUUGCACAGUAUCCAGAACCCCUCGCAGACAGACCAGAAGAUUGUUCUCGGCAUAGGUGUAACGGACAAAUGUUAAUUGGGCAGGAUGGAAAACUUCGACAGCCUUGUGCAAGAGAGACAGCCUUGCCAGUAGGAGUUUCCAAGGCCUGCUCCUCCUGUAUCAGAACAGUUGACGUCAAAGAAGUUUGCACACAGUGUGACCGGUACAUAUGCCAGAACUGCAACAAACUCUGCAGCUGCUGUAAUGCUGUUGCGUGUUCCUUGUGUUCAGUUAUAGAGUCUGAUGAUGUUGGUGAGCGAAUCCUUUGCAAUGGCUGCUCAAUGUUCAAGGACUAAAAUGCUUGAAACAGCAAUGCACUGUUUUAGGGACAGACUGUCUCUGGGACCUGUAAAGAAGCAUUUGUUUUUAAAUAGCUGGACAUUGUUCCCCCUAGUGUGUGACAUGUUGGAGUGCCUUUUUCUAAACUAUUAUAUAUUUUGAUAACUGUAGUUUAAUUAAAUAAACAUUUUAUAUUUUGAUGAG